AUGACUGCUCUCAAAACCAACGUCCUGGUCCUCGCCACGCUCCUCGCAAAGCUGGCCACUGCUGAGCCGAGCGACAACAUCGUCAUCCCCAGCACCUUGCCCGGCUGCACGUCCACCAUGACCCUCACACAGUCUCGCCUCUCUACGCCGCCGUUCUGGGCGCAGUGCUCUUGGGAUGGGACUAUGACCGUGUAUCCGUCGACCGUCACGAUUGAUGACCCGGUGGACUGCCAUGGCUGCACGGAUAUCCGAGUCACGGCGGUUCCUGCUGUGCAUUGUCCUGCCAAGAUCAUUUCGACGGUGGUGCAUGUGGCGACACCUUCGACGACUUAUCGCACUGUUUGCUUUGUAACCCCUGCGCCUACGGCUUGA